CAUAACUUUAUUGAGUGUUUUUUAACUAAAUUAUCAUGGCUCGAAUGAACCGCCCAGCUCCUGUGGAAGUCACAUACAAGAACAUGAGAUUUCUUAUUACACACAAUCCAACCAAUGCGACCUUAAACAAAUUCAUAGAGGAACUUAAGAAGUAUGGCGUUACCACAAUAGUAAGAGUAUGUGAAGCAACUUAUGACACUACUCUGGUGGAGAAAGAAGGCAUCCAAGUUCUUGAUUGGCCUUUCGAUGAUGGUGCACCACCGUCCAACCAGAUUGUUGAUGAUUGGUUAAGUCUUGUAAAAAUUAAGUUUCGUGAAGAACCUGGUUGUUGUAUUGCUGUACAUUGUGUUGCAGGCCUUGGAAGAGCUCCGGUGCUUGUUGCCCUAGCAUUAAUCGAAGGUGGAAUGAAAUAUGAAGAUGCAGUACAGUUCAUAAGACAAAAGCGGCGUGGAGCUUUUAACAGCAAGCAACUUCUAUAUUUGGAGAAGUAUCGUCCUAAAAUGCGGCUGCGCUUCAAAGAGUCCAGUGGUCAUAGAAACAACUGUUGCAUUCAAUAAAACGGGUGCCUGAUGCCAUUGCCUUGAAAGUGGAACUUGAGAUAGGACCUAAUUUGUCAUAUGUAUUAGCCAACAUGUUGGCUUGGUGAAUAAGUCUAAUGAAGCUUCCAAAAGAGGGUUGAAAAUCAGUUUUACCAGGCCCCAAGCUUGAUGGAAUUGCAACCUCUGUGUUUGGUUUAUGAUCAACCUAUUUUGACACAGCAAAAGAUUCUUACUGUUCAGCAUUUAAAAUCUGCUUAUCAUUUGUACCAAUUUACUUUUCCUGAAAUCAUGCAGUAUUGAGUUAUGUCUUUAAAUCUAUUCCCAUGUCAGAAUCUCACUGAAAUAUAAAAGAUUUAGAAAGAUUAGGUGCCAAAAUACCCAGCACAAUACUUGUAUAUUUUAGUUUCAUACAGAACUAAAAUCCCAGGAACUAUGAACACUCUGGACCUUAUGUGGUUUAUCCCUUCAGUCAUUUCAAACAUAGAAAGUAGGGUCUAUAUGGUUAUUUGCCUGCUCACUUUAUGUUUACAUCUCCCACAUUCAUACAAGUAUACAUCAGGUUUGCUCAACUUUUUUGAUUUUUAUACAAAGUCUGUUAUUAUUUAAUGUCUUUCUAUAAAUCUCAUUUUGUGCUGUUAUGGAAAGCCUCCAUUUUGAAAAUCUGCAUUGUAUAGAAGCACAUGUCUUUAAUGUCUCCAGACAAAAAGCCUUACAGUUAAUUUUAACGUUUGCACUUAAUGUGCAACCUAUAGGGAGGGCCUGAGAAAAGAAUGAGAGGGGGCUAUUAAGUAUUUUUAGUAAAAUGUUGCCUUUGUCUUGUGUGGAACAUGUAGAAUAUGCUCUUUGGUAAAUAUUUUUUUAAAGGUAGACAUGCUUUAUUGUAGCUAAAACGAUUCUUAAUCAUAAAAAUUCUGAAUUCUUGUAUUUUUUUCAUACAUUCUGAAGUUUACCAACUUAUUUUUGUUUGAAGUGUGAUUUUUUUUUCCUUCCAACCCUCUUGCAAAAAAAAAAAAGAAGUGGGUUUCUGCUAAUGAAUUGAGCAGACAUCUAAUAUUUUAUAUGCCUUUUGAGCUGUGUAACUUAAUAUUUGGAUACUUGAUUAUUUGUUUUAUUAUGUAAUUGAUAAAAUGGUGAUAUGUAUUGAUGUUAGUUCAACCAUAUAUUUAUACUGUUUGGGAAUGUGUGGUUAUAGUUCUGUGGGAGAAAUAAUUUGUCAGUGUUCACCAGCUUGUAAAAAUUCAGUGCGAGAGCUUAAACAUCUAAUAAAUGAGAUGCAUUUAUCAUCA